UGUGUGUGUUUCUGUGCAUAUAUAUUAUGUGUGAAUUAGUUUCUGGCAUCAUCUAGGAAGGUGUAUUUCAAGUAUAUCUUUCAACUUCGAAUGCAAAUUUUAUUUGUCAAUGAACGGUGAAGGUUUGUAAACAAAUUCCAUUGAGCAAAACUCAGUGGAUGUGUUUGACAGUUGUGUCUUUUAGUAUGUAAUACUUUAAAGUGAGGUAAUGUCACGUUUUUAUCUCGAGUAGAUAAUUUCCUUUAUUUGGUUAUUUUCCUUGUGUGAAGAUUUGGAUCUAUUAAAGUUGAGAGUUGUUUACGUACAUCUUGAAAUGCAGCAGUCAAGUUCUAUAUUUUUAUGACCUUUGAUCCUUGGAAUCUGGGACGAUAAAAGUGGACAUUGUAAGGUUGAAUUUGUACUGUAAAACUAUAUUCCAAGAUAAUACUGUUAUAUUAGCAGUGUUAAUAUUGAAAACAGUGCCUCUUCAAUGUCAUGAUUCAUGAGUCUCCCUAAGAAUGGCAACAAGUGAUGAAGAUCACGUUCCUGUCCGUGAUAGCCAUGCUGUUCAUCCAAGGCAUACUGCACCAGAAGAAAUGUAUUGGCUGAGUCACAUGAAUCAAGAAGAAUUAAGAGAAAAAUAUAUUAGAAUGAGAGAUGACUUUUACACACUUAAGAAGUUCUCUUGCAGACAGGAAGAUAAAAUUACAAAAUUGCAGACCAAGCUUCGAAAACUCAUAAGUGACAGAAAGAAGGGUGCUGGGACAAAGAAAACAGAUUUUAAUGCUCAAGACUUGGAACACCAGGAGAUUAUUGAAACUCAACGCCAAACCUUACGUGAAGUGCAAAGUAAAAAUGAGCAACUUGAGAAGAAACUGAAACUUGCAAAUAUUCAGCUAAGUGCAGCUAAAAAGAACAAGCCUAUGCUGUUUCGGAAUGUUGGGCCACGGGUGGAUAGUGGACUCAAGCAGCCAAGGACACCUGCAAGUCCCCUAAGGAGUCAGAGAAGACCACUGUCCCGACCUGGAUCUGCAUCACUGCUCACCUCCUCAGAAAGUACUUCAAGAGCCCCUUCACCACAAUCUAAAGAUAAAACAGAUGAAGUGUUACCAGAAAAGGUGCGUUCAAUACUUGAAGAAGCACGGGAGAAAAUCUUGGAACUGGAAAGCGAACGAGAUGAAUUGCAGGAGCACCUGAGUGAGGCACAACAGGCUGCAGAAGACACCGAAUAUGAACUACAGCAGAAGAUAUUACAUCUGGAGGAGGAAUUAUCGAGUCUCCGUGAUGAGCUACGUGACCGGGGAAUGCGGGAAGAGAGGGACUCUGUAGCUGUGGUUCGUGCACAGCGGGAAGCACGAACUAUGGCUGCACGUACUACAGCACUAGAAGAACAGCUUUCAGUUACGGAAGAGAAGGUUAUUGCAGGGAAAUCCAGAAUUGAGUCUCUUCAGAGUGAAUUAGAGAGAAUGACAAGCAAACUUUUAGCUGCUGAAAAUAAUUUGCGAGAACAACAACAAGAGCAUCAGAAAACAAAUGGACAGUUGCAACAAACCAGCGAGAAGUAUGACAUAUUGAAGCGAGAAAAUGAACAACUCCAAAAAGAAAAUGACAGACUGUCAAAGCUCAGCUUAUCGGUAGAGCAGCGUGGCUAUCCAGCUGAGAUACAGACUCUGAAAUCACAUAUUGAACAUCUAGAGGCUGCAUUACAGACUGAUCUCAGUGAAAGGGGGAAUCUCUUAGAACAUAUGACCUAUGACAAAGAAGAACUUGCCAAGGCAGAAGUCAAGCUAAAAGAACUACAGACACAAAACUUGGUUCUAAAGGAAGAGGUGGAAAAGGCAUCUCAGAAACUUAGCCUAUAUUCCAAGGCAGGAUUGCUGAAUAUGACCCCAGAAGAGCUUUCAGCAGCAUCCAGGAGAGAAAAAGAAGAAACUGCAAAUAAAAUAUCAGCAAAGGAAUUUGGAGAUCUGAAACAGGCACACAGUGAGCUGCAGUUGUUGUAUCGAGAAAGAACCCUGGAAUUAGAAAAAACUGCAGAUGCUCUCGCUUUGCAUGGUGAUACAUACAAAAAGUUACAUAGACAAAUGGAUCAUAUGGCUCAAGAGGCACAAGACAAAGAAAAAGAAUAUUCAGUGUCUGUCAGGACACUGACAGACACAAUAAGAAGAAGAGAUGAGCGAAUUGAGAAGCUAGAACAACAGAUGCUAACUCUCACUGAUAAGAACAUUAAAGAGAAGGUUGAGGAAGUUGGCCGGGACCUUUCCCAGUCAUUGAAACUUGGAAAACAUGAUAAUUUAUUAGAGUUCCAUAUUGAGUGCAUGGUGUUUGAGGCUCCUGCCUUCAGCCAUCAGAAAACUUUUGUGUCCUGGACUGUCCCCUUUUCUCUUGAGGAUCCAUUGCAACACACUAAUGUUGGUAUUGGCACACUUGCCAAAUAUAAUCAUUCCUCGCUUUACAAGAUUCAUAUGAAUUACAGAAACCUAGACUCAUUGAAAAAUGAGAUAGUUACAGUUAGUGUCUACAUUCUAUUAGACUCGGGUCAUCCUGCUAAGGUAGGAGAGUGCCAAAUAACAUUUUGUGAAGUGUUGGAUCACCCUCGAAACACACUGCAUGGCACUGUUCCUGUGCUAUUAGCUCAUGAUGAUGCAGAGGAAGCUCAGCAUCUGCCUCCAGGGUUAGAUAUUCAGGCAGGACAGGUGAUUGGAACACUGAAAUACUGGUUCCGGUUGCAGCGACCAUCAGAAGAAACUAUUGCUCAGUAUUUGCGAAGUGUUGGUGCUUGUGUGGGAGUUUCCCAAAGGGAAGAUCAAGUUCCAAAAUUGUAUUCGAAAAUCAUACAAUCAAAAAAUCCAAUCAAGAGAAAGGCAAGUCUUCAGGUGGAAGAGGAAAGUUUAGGCAAGCAUCAGCAAAAACCUGGUAUUCAUGAAGAAUCAAAUGAGGAAGAAAAAUCUAGAGCAAAACUUCCCAUUCCUGCACCAAGAGCACAAUCUCGCAUGAGUAAUUUGCACAAAACCCAAGACACUUCAUCAAGAGCAGAUAUCUCCAGUGAAUCUCAGGAAGAAAUAGGCCAGUCUCCUCAACACACAGAAGACCACAAGCAGGAAAGCAGAGUAUCUUUCCGGACUCGAUCAGAGUCUUGUAGUUCAACAGGUACUUAUAACAUUGGAAGUCCAGUCCAUGAAGUCACUCAAAAGAACAACAGUGAUGACAGUAGUGUUGCUAAGAAUGUAGCAAGUGAGAAGGUUGCAUUCCAAGCAGACUCCUCUUCAAAGGUCAAGGAAGCAAGUGGAACAGCACAUGUUAAAAAACAAAUUGUGCGACCUAAGACAGCAAUCAGACGUGGACAAGCUUCAUCUCAUAUUGAUAAGGGUGCUAUAAGAAAAAGCCCAGUUCAAGUCCAAGAAAAGACUCCUCAGCAAGGACUGGCCCAGAAGACUGAAUCUUUACCUCGGGAAGAUGACAGUGAUACCAUGUUUGAAGAAUCAGAAGAAUCAUCAGAGUCUGAUACUGAAGAUCCAGAGUCUCAUCUAUGGAAUGGGAAGCAGAGGGGACCACCUGAUGAGGAUGAAGAUGAGGAUGAACAAUCCAGCUCUGAAAUCUAUGACACAACAUCCAACAAGAAUUUAGCCUUGAUGAGAAAAUGUAUCCAUCUCGUCUGAAAUCUUUGAUUGACUUAAUGAAGAACAGAGGUAUCAUCAAAUUUACUGUAACUUCAGAACCACCUGAACAUCUUCAGGAUACUCAUGACUGCCAGGAUUUGGGAUAUGCAUAUGUGAAUCUCCAUGAUUUGCUGAAAAGAGGACAAGACCUUUGUGAAUCUCCUUUAACAGUGAAAAGUGUAGAAGAUGGUAGUCAGCUGGGUACACUGUGUAUCACUUUAGUGGUAGUUGAUGUCCUUCGGCAUUUAAGGAAGAAUGGCUUAAUUUAAAUGGGUAUCUUAUGUCUCUGAAACAGAAAUGUCAAAAGUAGAUGAAAGAUAUUAAAUGAGCCUACUUUAAAUUCAAAACUAAUCUGUCAGGUGAUAUCACUGAAUUUGGCUAUAUAAUGAAAUGUAUAGAGUACCAUUUUGUACAUACUUCAUUUUCAUUAUAUAACAAAGAAAUUUAGAUGUAACUGCAAGAGCUUUUGUUUAAGUAUUCAUUUUUUUAUCAUUUAUUUGUCACAGGUGAGUGACAAAUUAAAAUGGUAAUGAUAAGUGCUUCCUACAAAAUGAAAGCUCACAGAUGUGUUCUAGGUCUUCUUUCACUUUUAUAUAUAUUUUCAUUGUUGAAUCUAACACUCCUCACUGAUUGUCCUUUAUUUCAACUCUUGCAGUUAAUAGUCCCCCUGGCAGUGAUAGGAUAUUGUCAAAAGGCUUAAACAAUAGUAUUUUAAAACACACAAUCACUAUUGUCCCUUAUCAUGGUCAGUGUGAACUGUCUAUGAACCUGAACUUUUGCAUUUAGACAAUCUUUAUGCCUUAUUUUUUUUUUCUUCCCAGUAGUAAAUUUUUAUGGAUGUGUUUUGUCAUCUUUAUUGUUUUUACAUUUUUAUAAACUCCAAUGGCUCCAGCUUUUCCUAACUUCCUGUAUCACAAUGCAGUCAUUCUCUGGGAGGGGUAAAGGAACUGCACUCCUUUUUGCACCGGAUCUCUUACUUUAUGAUGGAGGAUAACUCAUUGAAAAGUGGUAUCUUGACAUAUUUCUUUUGUGAAACAUACACACCUGUAGAACACUGCAACAUUAUCUAAGUAAGACACUUAUCUCUGGUUGUUCUCUGACUAGGAAGCAUAUGAUAAAGUUAAAUUUAUCUUUUCUGAGAAAAUGGAAAAAGGGAUAAUUAACUGACAAGACCUUUUACUUCAGAGAACCAGAAAAGUUUGUGGCUUAAAUCAGAUUUUGCAUUUUCCAAGUUUCAUAUAGCACUGUGAUAUUGUUAAAUAACACUGUAUAUACUUUUAUUAAAAAAAGAGAAAUAUCA